CUUGUUCCAGGAUGUCUACCCUGCUGUUCUGGCAGGGCAAGGGCAAGGCGAAUGGCGCUCCGAAUGGCAGGAAUUGGAUACACGCACCUGAUGCUCUCGUCAAGGGCCACGUCGCGUAUCUUGUUAAGUUCCUCGGCUGUACGCAAGUCGACCAGCCCAAAGGUAUCGAGGUAGUGAAGGAUGCUAUCAAGAAACUCCAGUUCACACAGCAGCUGAAGAAGUCGGAGGCCAAAGAUGGUGCUAAGUGCAGGAAGGUGGAGAUCACCAUCUCGGUUGAUGGUGUUGCCAUUCAGGAGCCACGGUCGAAUAACAUCAUGUACCAAUUCCCUCUACAUCGGAUAUCUUACUGCGCUGACGACAAGGGGGCGAAGAAAUACUUCUCAUUUAUUGCGAAAGGGGGCAGCACAGUCAAUGGAAUGAACGGGCAUGAUGGCGCCGUGGAAAAACAUGAGUGUUUCGUAUUUAUUUCAACGAAAUUAGCUUCAGAAAUCACGUUAACCAUCGGCCAGGCGUUUGAUUUGGCCUACAGACGGUUCUUGAACGACAACGGCAAAUACAUCGAGAUGCAGAAGAUGCAGCUUCAGAACAAGAAACUCGAGUUACAAAUGAACGCGUACAAAAGUCGUUUACAGGAGUUAUCAAAGAUAACGUACAAAGAUGACCUGUCGUCAUACUUGGCUCGCAACAAGUUGUCAGACAUCACGGAGUUCAAGCCGCCACCGGAGCUGGAGAAGCAGAUCAGCUCGCUCACCAUGGCCAAUGGAUUCGCCAACAGCAACGGCAAUAGCAAUAGUAACACUGAGACAGGCACGGACGCGUUGUCGAACAACUCGACGGACACGUUCAACUCAAACAACGACAACAACCUGUUGCUGUCCACGCCGCCGCCACAACAUAAUGGAAAACACAGCUUUGGCACUGGCAAACUCCUGGGUGAUUUGUCGACCAACAAGAACCCUUCUGUAGGCACCAAGCUUGAGGGUCUGCUACUCAACUCAGAUUCAGACAGUGACUUCGACCCGCGCGCGUUCGAGUCGGAACCAGUGUCCCGUUUCACGGCGCCAUCGCAUGAGAACACACUCACAUCAACUCCUCCGCUUUUGGCCCCCCCACCAAAAGCCUCAAAGCGUCACACGCCUCAGCAACAACAACAACAGCCACAACAGCAACAGCAACCAACGCCAGCAAUCAACGGCAGCGACCUCUUCGGAUCCACGCCUUUCUCGAUCCCAAACCAGCAACCAGCGCCUCUAGCUCAACCCUUCGCAGCUUCAAACAAACCGAACUACGAUAUCGCAGAUUUUAACCUACAAACGUCAGUUUUCAACACAACUUCGUUCACGAACGGACUCAGCGGCUUCGAUCCUUUUGAUACGCAGAAAUCUGCGAAUAUUUUUGGCAAUGGAUUCAAUUCUACUUUCAAUGGCUUUGGGAACCUUAGCGAGAAAGCUACAGUUGAAUUGGACAGCAAUUUCAACGGAUUCCUAGAUAAAACUAUAUCAGAAAUGAAGGACGGAUUCAGCCGAGGGAUCUCCUUUGGAAACGAUGAUUUUUCAAUAGACAACCUCGAUCCCCUGAAGAAAAAUUAA